AUGUUCCGCACGAGUUUCAACAAUAUGGGUAAUCAACGAACAAGGAAUAUUUGUCGCUCUCCCAUUGCUGAAGCGGUUUUUCUGGAUACAAUCAAGAAAAGAGGAAUUCGUGAUGAGUGGAUAGUGGACAGCUCCGCUAUAAUCGAUUUCCACUCCGGCAAACCUCCUGAUCGGCGCGCCAUUGGCAUUCUCAAAAAGUUCGGGAUCAUCGAUUACCAGCAUAAAGCCAGAGUGACCACUACCGCUGAUUUACGGGAAUUUGAUUACAUCUUUGGAAUGGAUAACAGUAAUAUAAGUGAUUUGAAAGACUUGGAGAAGGAAGAACCCGAAGCAAAAGCUAAGAUACAACUACUUGGCGAAUUUGAUCCUGAAGGGAAUCGAAUUGUGCCAGAUCCUUAUUACGAGUCAGGAGACGCGAUGUUUGAGCAGGCCAGUCUACCAUCAGUGCGUCCGAUGUUGUGA